AUGAACAAAACAUCUCUAUGGUAUGAAUCGUGCAAAAAAUGCACCUCCUCUGUUAACAAGAAUGACGACAACAAGAUGUGUAAAAAGUGCAACGAUGUCGUGGAAACAACUCCAAGAUAUAGGUUGGUACUAAAUGUCGUAGAAGCGAACCUCAAUGUCACAGUAACACUUUUCGAAGAUGUCGGGAUGGUUUAUGUGGGGUGCUCUAUUGAAGAAUACAUUAGAUCUAUUGAGCAGGGAGAAGAAUCAUCCGAUUAUUAUCGAGGCUUGAGCUUGCAAUCAACCACCGAAUUCCAAUUUCUCAUACAAAUAAAUCAUAAGUCUUACAACUCAAGAGGAGAGAUGAACGUGGUUGCCGAAACAAUUGCAAGAUUACCACCUAUCAAUGAUGUUGAUAUGAAAGAGAGGUCAUCGAAAUCUCCCAAAGCUCCAAGUCGUCUGCCAAAGAAUCAAGAGAUGUCACAAAAAAAGCAAGUUCAAAGAAGAAAAUGCGUCGCUGACAAGAUAAAGGAAGACGCCAAUGAUAGUGUCAUUGAAAUCGACGAUAAUGAAACAAUCAACAGUCUUAAAAAGAAAUGUGUACGGAAAAAUUCAAAAGGAAAGGAAAAGAAGACAUCCUCUCCGAUCAUCACCAUAAAGAAAGAGAAGAGUUGA